AUGUCUGUCGCAGCGUUGGCAGCGGGGAGGAAAUGCUUCAAACUCAUGCACAGUGCUGUCGCUGCUCGGAGCGCCCUGUGCCUUCAUGGGCUCCCUGUCAGCUGGUCCUGUGGCCAAUUUUAUUUUGGAAGAUUUUCAGAAGUACUGCAUCGAUGUGUCUCUGCUGUCUGAGCACCCUCAGUGCUUCCUUCCAGCCUCCAUGGUCAUCAGCAACACCAGCACAGGAAGUCGCACUAUCCUGCACAUGAACAGUUUCAUCAUGGCUGACUUCUCGCAGCGGGACAUCGAUGUGUCAGCGGUGGUUUUGCAGGUCGAAGGUCAAACUCCAUGUGCUUGUUGUGUGGUUUGUCCAUCCACUGGAACUCGAACCGUCGUUCUCUCCGAUACGUAAGGCAUCAGGUCGUCGAAGAGCUGCGAUUUUCACAGCUCACGUUAGAUAUUAAUUAAUAAUGAUUAUUACAAUGAUCGAGGUUUUCUUCCAGCCUGUUUGAUCAGUGUGUUAUUUCUGACAUCAUGCCCGGCUAUUCAGCACCGCAGUGAAAUAAUCAGUCUUCCCUUUGUCAAAAAUACAUUUUUAAAUAAAAUUCUGCAGAAUCUU